AUGAAUGUUACAGGGAAUCUGAACAUCAUUGCGGACCAGUUGUACCCUUACAUGGCCUCUGUUUCUCCAGCCGGAAAUGGAAUUUUCCAGCAGGACAACGUCCAGUGCCACGAGGCUCAAAUUGCGUUGGAGUGGUUCCAGGAACAUGAUGCUGAAUUCCAGUUAAUGUCCUGGCCGCCUAACUCUCCGGAUAUCAAUCCGAUAGAACACAUUUGGGAUGUCAUGGAUCGGCAGCUCAGAGUUCAAGGACCACUAAGUCGCAAUAUCUCGAAUUUGCGUGACAGUUGCUUAAACAUCUGCUCUUUCCCUACCAGAUCAGCAGUUCCUCUUCCAAGGCAAAGGUUUUCUCAUUUUGAUGAAUAUUCCUAUUGUUUUUCAAUAAACUCUAAUGUGGAAAGUGAUCUUAAACCGUGGACAGCUCUUAACGUUAAAAAUGAGAAACCACACUGGACAUCUGACAGAUUUAUUUUUAACCCCCAAGUUGACGACGUAUUUGAACCUAAUGUUCCACCAGGUAUUUUUAUUGCUGUUCAUUCGCCAUACGAUGCAGUAAAUCCCUUUCACAGAGGUUACUUUUUAAGACCUGGAAAGCAGUACAUAAUUGAUGUUUACAUUAGAGAAGAUGAAAGAUUGGGUUCUCCCUAUGACACAGAUUGCUUAGACUACGUAGAUAUCUGGAGAAAAAAUAACUAUACUGGAGUUCGCUCAAAACAGAUGUGUCGUGAAAAAUGCUACGUUGAUUACUACAAGAAAUGCAGCAAUUGCUCUUUUAUUGAAUUUAAUUACCCUUCUAAAACGGAAAUAUGCAGCGGAAAAGUAAUGAAUGAGAAAAUCGUGAAUGAUGAAUGCACUUAUAAAGAACCUGGUGAAUGCUCGGAAAAUUGCAAGGAGGAAUGUUUGAAAACAACAUUUAAGACUGACAUAUUUGAAAGACCUCUAAAAAGAGACUUCCAUGAAGAUACUUUAAACAAUUCAGACUUGAUUUUCCUAGAUGUGGAUGUUUAUGACGAUGAGAUUAUGCAUUAUACUUUCGUUCCAAAAUAUGAGGACAUAGAGAUAUUUAGUUACGUUGGUGGAUUCAUUGGAAUGUGGCUUGGAAUAUCUUUUCUUCAAAGUAUACAGAUUUUAGAACAACUCUUUUUCUCUGUUAUCAAGUAUUUCAAGAGGCCGAUCUUAGAUACAUCUGAAGGAAAUUUCAAAGAAAAAGAAUUGUCUGUUCGAAAUUCUCCAGGAAUUAUAAGUAAAGUAUUCACAAAGGCUUCUCAGAAUGCCCGUGUUUAUUUCAGUUAA